AUGGAACGGAGACAGGUCACCUCUGCUCGGCGCUCCUACACCUCCUCAGAGAUGGUGGUCAGGGGCCUGGGGCCCAGCCACCGCCUGAGCGCCGGUCUCCGCUUGAGUCCCUGCCCCAGGGUCCCCCUGGCUCGCCUGUCUCCUCCGCUACCGGCUCGAGUGGACUUCUCGCUGGCCGGGGCACUCAAUGCCGGCUUCAAGGAGACCCGGGCCAGUGAGCGGGCUGAGAUGAUGGAGCUCAACGAUCGCUUUGCCAGCUACAUUGAGAAGGUUCGGUUUUUGGAACAACAAAAUAAGGCGCUGGCUGCUGAGCUGAACCAGCUGCGGGCCAAGGAGCCCACCAAGCUGGCCGAUGUCUACCAGGCUGAGCUUCGGGAGCUGAGGCUGCGGCUCGAUCACCUGACUGCCACCAGCGCUCGGCUUGAGGUGGAGAGAGACAAUCUGGCCCAGGACCUGGGCGUCCUGAGACAGAAGCUCCAGGACGAAACCAACCUGAGGCUGGAGGCUGAGAACAACCUGGCUGCCUAUAGACAGGAGGCAGAUGAAGCCACCUUGGCCCGUCUGGAUCUGGAGAGGAAGAUUGAGUCACUGGAGGAAGAGAUCCGAUUCUUAAGGAAGAUCCAUGAGGAGGAGGUGCAGGAACUUCAGGAGCAGCUGGCCCGACAGCAGGUCCACGUAGAGAUGGAUGUGGCCAAGCCUGACCUUACAGCAGCCCUGAGAGAGAUUCGCACACAGUACGAGGCGGUGGCGACCAGCAACCUGCAGGAGGCAGAGGAGUGGUACCGGUCCAAGUUUGCGGACCUCACAGAUGCUGCUGCCCGAAAUGCCGAGAUGCUCCGACAAGCCAAGCACGAGGCCAACGACUAUAGACGCCAGCUGCAGGCUUUAACCUGUGACCUGGAGUCCUUGCGUGGUGUGAAUGAGUCCCUGGAAAGGCAGAUGCGUGAGCAGGAGGAGCGCCAUGCCAGGGAGGCCACACGGUACCAGGAGGCCCUUGCCCGGCUGGAGGAGGAGGGACAGAGCCUCAAGGAUGAGAUGGCCCGCCAUCUGCAGGAGUAUCAGGACCUGCUGAAUGUCAAGCUGGCCCUGGACAUCGAGAUCGCCACCUACAGAAAGCUGCUGGAGGGCGAGGAGAACCGCAUCACCAUUCCAGUGCAGACCUUCUCCAACCUGCAGAUCCGAGGGGGCAAAAGCAUCCAAGAAGGGGAAGUUCACAAGGUCACAAGACAUCUCAAAAGGCUCACAAUACAAGUUAUACCCACACAGGCUCACCAGAUUGUAAAUGGAGCCCCCACUCUCGAAACCAGCCUGGACACCAAGUCAAUGUCAGAAGGCCACCUUAAGAGGAACAUCGUGGUAAAGACCGUGGAGAUGCGGGAUGGAGAGGUCAUUAAGGAGUCCAAGCAGGAGCACAAGGACGUGAUGUGAGGACUGCAGUAGAAGCAGGAUAGUUGCUCCUUCUGGGAUGAUAGUUCAUUUCCCCAGAUCAGAUUCCAUGCCCUUGCUUUCCCUUCUAUGUCUCUACACCAGCUUGCUGCCUUUGCUCAAUCAACAUUAGGCUGCCAGAUGGCAUCAACCUAGCACCCAGCACCUCUAACUAACAAGGCACGUAUCCCAAGGGAUAGUCUGGAGCAGGGAGGGGGUGGUCAGCAGCUUGGAUUAUAAUAGGGAGGAAAGAGAGAAGUUGGGCAGGGCAGGAGGACCUAACCAAUCAUAUUCUCCUUCCUCUCUGUUGUUAUGGCAACUGUUGCCAGAACUGAAGGUGUCUGGGCACUAAACUUUGGGUUUCCUCAGGCUGUUGUAGGGGUUGGGAGGGUGGGGAAAAACAAACCUGGGAUUCACUGGGAUUCAAAGCUGAAGUCCCCAAGGCAAGAUAAUCCUGGCUAGAGGCUAGUUCCUAAGAAUGACCCUAACCAACCAGGACUGAGUGGGAAAGUCUUGCCACCUGGAGUGGUCAUAACAAUUUCUGGCUUGUCUAGAUGCCACAGGGGAGGAGGAGGGCUUCCUGGGUAACGAUUCAAGUACCUCAGACCCCAGUGAGCUGCCAUGCAGGGAGCCAGUCCUUAGGCAUAGGGGAGCUUGGGUCUUGGUAUUUGGGGACUAGUGUAAGUGGAGAAGGACUAGGUGCUGAGGAGUUGCGGAAGAGUGACCUGGCCUCUGGGUGUGGGUACAGAGAGGUCAAGCCCAUGGGGACUUCCUCUAAGGGUGUUGGUAGUGGAGGCGGGCAUGGGGACAAGGCCUGACAUCAGAGAGAGCAGUUGUGAGUGACUGGUUACACUCGGCCUCUGGAUCGUGGGAAUCGAGGAAGUGACUCAUUCUCUUGAAGACACUGAAACAGGAAAGAGAGGGGGCUGCUGUCCAGAGGACAGAGCACAGCUGUGUCCUUUUCUGCAAGCCUCUGCCUAGCUGCAUAAUCCCUGGCCACCCAGGCCUCUGAAUCUGCAACUGCUGCUUCUCCAC